CACACACACGCACACACACACACACACUAACUCCCUUUACAAACACUGAACUAAACCGGUCCUACAGUUUGACAGCAGACGUUUUUUUCCUUCACUUCCUGCAGUGUGUCGUUGUGACUUACAGACACUUUGCUCUCCAUCUGAUAUCCAACAUGCUUCUCACGCACAGAAAUCCACUCUGUCUAUAAGAGCCGCGGCGCCGGGCCGAGCCGGGUCCACACCUCAGACGGGUCCAGAGGACACACAGCAACAACAACAUGGCUCAGAAGACGGUCCUGAUCGUGUACGCCCACCAGAGUCCGAGGUCGUUCAACGCAGCGGUACGUGACGCGGCGAUGGAGGAGCUGAAGGAGCAGGGCUACCGGGUCGUCGUGUCCGACCUGUACGCCAUGAACUUCAGAGCCAACGCCACGCAGGACGACAUCAUCGGUGAUCUAAAGAAUCCAGAACUCUUCCAGUACGGCGAGGAGACCAUGCACGCCUGGAUGGAGGGUCACCUGAGUGACGACAUCGUCGCCGAGCAGCGCAAAGUGUUGGAGGCGGAGCUAAUCAUCUUCCAGUUUCCUUUGUACUGGUUCAGUGUGCCGGCCAUCAUGAAGGGCUGGAUGGACCGAGUGCUGACACAAGGUUUCGCCUUCUCCCUGCAGAACAUGUACAACAACGGGAUAUUCAAGGAAAAGAAAGCGAUGUUGUCGUUCACAACUGGAGCAACACAGACGAUGUUCAGACCUGACGGGAUCAAUGGAGACAUCAACGUCACACUGUGGCCUCUACAGAACGGCACUCUUCACUUCUGUGGCUUUCAGGUUCUCCCUCCUCAGGUAUUCUGGAGUCCAGCUCACUGCCCCCCUCCUGUGAGGACCGCCAUGUUAGACGGGUGGCGAGCCCGACUUAAAGGACUGUUGGCAGAAAAGCCUUUGACCUUUGCCCCCUGUGAGCUCUUCGACCUCACGUUUCAGGGCGGCUUCAUGAUGUUUCCGAAGGUGAAGGAGGAGCGAGAGUGGCAGCCCUUCGGCCUCACCACAGGACACCACCUGGGGAAACCGCUGCCGCCCGACAACCAGAUCAGAGCUCAGGGUGCCGAACCGGACUGCAGGAAGUAGAACCUGCUCGUGUGACUUUAAAUCUACUCAGAUGUGUCGAGAUCACUUUAAUGUCAAAAUGUGUGAUUAAUGAAUGUGUUUCAUUCACUGAAACUGAAAUAAAAACGUUUAAAUAACAA